AUGCUAGCAACGAGCGAUGGGGUGUCGUUCGUCGCCCACAACAACGGGGAGCAAACGUCUGGUGGCACCGUUGGAACUUACAAGGGACGCAAGUUUGUUCCCACGAAAGACAAACCUGCGGUGGCGGCGGCGGAGAAGAGUAAGAUCCCGAAAAAUGUCAAUCUGGAAGACUUGCACCAGGCAAUGGAGGACGACUCCACAGCAGUGGAUGUACUCAAACGGGAGGUGCUUAUGGCGCAGGAGUCGGAAGCGAAGGAAUCAUUCGGGCAGCUGGAGAUGCUUCAGAGGACACACGACAAGCUUCGCUCUAGAGCAGACAGGCUCGAGGCCGUCCACGACGGUCUUUUCAACAAGCUAGAGGUUGUCAAGAAGACUCUCUUGGUGAAAAAGGUAGGAACGGAGCCGGAACGACAGCUGGCUAGACUCCAGGUAGAGCUCCGAGCCACCGACAAGAGGCAUCAGGACGCGAUGAUCACGAAGGAAACGACGGAGUUCAUCGUGAAAAGGAUAACCAAAGUCAACCAAAGGAUGAUGCUGCAGAGCGAAAGCCUCGCGGGGCUACAGCAGGUGAUGGAGGAGAGAAGCGUGCAGCUCUUCAACCAGGAGGAGCGAAUCCACCAGCGAGACGACCUGUUGACCAAGUCCGGUGGAGCCAUGCGGUCAGACGAGGAGGAGAGACUGGCGCGCACUAUCGUCGUGCGAAACGUCUACAGCAGCAUCCUUCAGAGGAAGGUGGAGGACGAGCAGAGACACCUGGGGGCGCUGGAAGACUCUUUCCAGCAGAUCAAGAACACCACGGGGCUGGCCGGUGUUGACGACAUCAUAGAAAGGUAUCAGAUGCGCGCAGGAAAGAACCAGCAGCUGCACUUGAUGGCGGAGGAGAUCCGUCAGCGCAUAGAGUCGCUCAGGAAGGAGAACCAUCAGCAGCGACAAUGGCGGGAUGAUCUACACCGCAGACAGGAGGCCACUUCCGGAAACCGAGACAUGUAUCAGGAAGUAGAUCUGAUCGACAUCGCCCUUGGGUCGGCUCGGAAGCAGUGCGACGACGCCAAGGAGAGAGCCAACAGGCUUAGCGUCACCGUUGACCGCCUCAGGGACGCUCUUUCUCGUUUCAUGAGCAAGGUGGACAGCAAGACCCACCCCGUUGCGCCGCAGUCUAAGAUGCCCGAGGUCUUCGCGCAGCUGGACUCGAAGAUAACCCACAUGAUGAAAGCGGUCAGCGCCGCACUCGUCAAGGAUGAUCGCGGCGGGAGCGGCAGCGGGGCAGGAGACUCGGGAGCAGCGAGCGGAGGCGGCGGCGGCGGGGGGGGCGGCGGGGGAGUCGGGGGCUCGGGCGGGGGAGGCGGAGACCCUUCGUCUUCCAAGGAUGUGUUCUCUAAGCUGGACAAUGCCAGCGUCACAAAGAUCCUGUAUGCGAACAUCAUGAGCACGGAGCCGGACACCUCACCGAGAAACGUGCGGGUGACGCCGACUAAGAGCGGCGACGCGGGUAUCGAAAAGAGGAUCAAGAUGAAGAUCCUGCUGGGGCCCGAGUACGUCUCGGACGAGGAGGAGCCCGAUUCCGAGGAGGAAAGCGAGGGAGAGCAGGAGGACGCGCGGGACACUUUCGUCGAUAGGACAACGGUCAAGAAGCUGGCGAAUCUCGUGCUUGGGAGAGAUACGAAGACCAGAGGUACGAGGAGAAGAAGACUCCGCAGGAAGGACGGCUGA